GUGAGCCAUAAAUUUCCGAAAAAGUUCACAUGCAAUAUGGCUUCAAUGUACGCGUGCAAUCAACUAAUGUCAAUAAAGCUCAGAAAUAAAAAAAAUUGUACCAGUGUCAACGCGAAGAUUGCGCUUUCCUUGCGAAUGUUGAAAUGUGAUCAAAUGAAAUUGGAAAAACUCUCAACAAGGAAAGAAAAAAGUGCAUGCGCAAAACACUUACAGACAUAUCGCUGCAACGACUUAUUUGUCAGUGUUAAACCAACAACAAAAAAUUCAGUCAAAACAAAUACAGCAAAAAUCACAUCAACAACACUAAGACAGUGCAGUUCACAUUUUACGAGCUGUGAAAAACAUGACACCGCGAUAAUACAUGAAAAAGUGCACAGGUCCAAGUGAAGAAAUCCAAAAAAAACAAAGAAAAGGAAAAAAGUUUAGGUGAAAGUAGAAGUAAAAGAGUGCGCGAAAAGUGUACUAACGAGCAGCAUUAAAACAGAUUUUAUAUCACUUCAGUGGAAAAAAGAGUGACUAUUAAAAGCGUGUGUGCGUGUGUGUGUGUGUAACGACUUUUAUUAGAGUAUCCCUUCAACAUACGUUAACAACAACUCAGCGGUGCUGAACAUGCCGCAGUAUCGUGCCAACCGAAAUUCUUGUAGAAAUUAAUUGCGAAACCCACGCGCUUCCGUUCGCUUCAGUGAAACGCAUAAUUGCUGAAAGCUACAAAACUAGCGUCGCCAGGUGACCAAAAGGGCAAACGCAACUAUAAGAGCAAAUAAAGGAUAUCAACAGAAAUUAGUCACUAAAUAAAAGAGUCAAUAACAAAAAUAACUAGCAACUGAACCAAAAAAAAGUCACGAACAAAAAUCAAGAUUUUAACUAUCAAGAAAAUAAUUGGCAAAUACAACCAACAGCACAGCACUGCACAUUCCAAUAUCUGACGGCAUUCUACACACAACUUUUACAUUCGUCUUUCAUAUUUACUCGAAAUCUCUACGCCAAAAAUGUCCGAGUUUCGUUUCUUCUCGUUCACCGAUUUCCAGUACCGUGCCAAUGACUCAACUCUGUUCACCUUGCCCAUAACGCUCUCGACGAAGAGCACACCUGCCGACAGCAAUGAGAUGUCCGAUGACCUGAACGUUCCGUAUAUGGUUUUCGAGAUAUUGGUUGCCAUUUUCGCUGUUGUCGGUAAUUUGAUGGUGAUUGUGGUUUUCCGACGUGAACGCAAACUGCGACGACGUACAAACUAUUAUAUUGUUUCGUUGGCUAUAGCAGACUUACUCGUUGGCUCUUUGGGUGUACCAUUUGCAAUAUUGGCUUCGGUAGGAUUGCCAAGAGAUUUGUAUACAUGUCUCUUCACUGUCUCUUUGUUGGUGGUGUUGUGCACAAUUUCGAUUUUCUGCUUGGUAGCCGUAUCGGUGGAUCGUUAUUGGGCCAUACUCUACCCAAUGGCCUAUUCGCGAAAUGUACGGACGCGCACGGCAAUUGUAAUCAUAUCGAUGUGUUGGGUCGCUGGCACAAUUGUAGGCUUCCUGCCACUGUUUGGCUGGCAUGUAAAGCCAGAAAAUGAAGCGGAUAUGAGCUGCCAUUUUGUCAAAGUAAUGGACUACAAUUAUUUGGUAUUUCUGUACUUUGCGACCAUAAUUACACCUGCGUUGCUAAUGUUGGCCUUCUAUACGCACAUAUAUCGCGUCAUCGUCAAACAGGUACGCCAAAUAGUCACAAUGAAUCCGAUGAGCGAUAGUAGUCGUCGAAACUCCAACACGCAAGUUCAAAUUGCGCACGGGCGCCCCUGUCACGGCGGCACAAUGCUGCGCGUUUUAGGUGCUUCACGCAAGCGUGAUGUGAAAGCUACACAGAAUCUCUCCAUUAUUGUGCUAUUCUUCAUGAUCUGCUGGUUUCCACUCUACACCAUCAAUUGCAUCAAAGCAUUCUGCCCCGACUGUCAAGUGCCCGGCAAAUUGACACUUUUCUGCAUUAUACUCUCACACCUGAACUCCGCCGGCAACCCGGUGUUGUACGCAUAUCACUUGAAGGAUUUCAGAUUGGCGUUAAAGAAUUUAUUACUGAAGAUAAUGGGCAUUGAAAUCGAGCCACCAGUAGAUCCAAUGCAUCGCUUCUCGCUAGCCAGUCAGCAUCGGCUACAAUCCAUUGAUGCAAGCAUGCGACACACACUGCAGCCACGUAUUUAUAUUGAUUCACCCAUUUGGCUGCGUCAACAACAACAGUCACUGAAGAGCUCCCAAUUGGCGCCUAAAUGCGGCGUUAUAACGCCCUGUCUGAACAACAUACACCACACGGUGGCCGCUGUAGCCUCCGUGCCCACCGAUAUUGGACGCGAUAUGUGGAACAUAAUGGAGGCUUCCAGUGGCGCCGAAUUAGAGGAUGUCAAUUACGAAUUUCCCAUAGAAAGAAGCUCGAAUACACCGCCCACCCCCGCGUCACAGCAACAGCGGCGCGGCUCCUCACUGGAUCAUGUCAGCAUACCUGUCUACUCCUACAACAAUAGCAACUACUACACUAAUCCUGACGAAUCCGAAUUGGAUGAAGUCUUCCUGCCAAGCAUUCAAAAUAGCAGCGGCAGCAAUAGUGUGGAGAACGUGCGACCAAAUGGCCACUUGAUGAACGCUCAAACAAGUGAAGUUAUCGCUUGCCCGUUGCGGCAAAAAUUACGCUCGGAUGACACAGAUUAUCAAGGUCACGUGUUGGGCAAUCAGUGCACACUCACCGACUCUUCAUAUAGCGAUUAUGAUAUACAAAAGCAAAGCGCUGGUCACACGCCACCAGCCAAGGGUAAAUUGCUGACAACAACGCAGCUACGGCGGCUAUCCCAACUAGAUGCUGCUGAGCUAGGGCAUAUCUGCAACACAGGUGGUCGAGUAGUUAAUAGCAUUGGCGAGACAAGCGCCACUGGCAUAGGCUCCUGUUCGCGAUCUACUUCCAGUUUAUCGGGGCUCAGUAAUUCGGGCGCCUAUGUCGUUGAAAAGGACACUAGCCCGCUCUCGCCACGCCGGAAGCGUAAAUUCAAAAAAGCCCAACGUAUGUCCAUGAACUUCAAUAAGGCGGCUGGUACCACCAGCAGCAAUAAGAUGGUGAGCGUAAAUAAAAAUAGUCGGUCAUUUUCCUGCACCAGCGAGUCAUCGUCGACGCCCACCACCGCAGAGGUGGUGAAGAGCACGCAAACAGAAAGCGCGCCAACAAACACACAUUCCAACAGCAGCGCCAGCAAUGGCAACACUGCGUUGAAAACCCAUAACCAUCAUAGUAAGUCACACAAUAGAAAUAAUAAUAAUUAUAAUAGUAGUAAUAAUAAAAGCAGUAACAAAAAUAAUAACGAGCAUAAAUUAAAUUGUCAUGCGACAGAGCGGCAGCCACAUACAAUACACAGUUGUGGGCACGACACGUUCAGUCGGUUGCGCGCUGUCAGUCAACUCAUCUUCCCGCCCAUCGUCAAGCAUUCGAGCCUCUUUCAAUUAUUCCAACCAAGCGUAUCCAGUGCGGAAAAUGCAAUGGCAAAUGCUACGAAUACAACUACAACGCCAACAACGUUGACUGAAGUAUUGUCGCAGGCGUCCAUGAACACCACUACAAUAGUCAGUGCAAGCGCAACAACAACAACAGCCAUAUCAACGGCGCCAGAUGCAAUCUCUUCCAGCAUGGUCAACACUGCAACCACGCCCACAGCUACGUCCGACGCUGCAACGCCACAUUCGACUGCCGCUUCGCGGAUCGCAUCCGUUGACGAGUCAAUUAAGACAACAGUUACCGAUUUAACCGAUCCAACGCCAACGCCGCAGUCCAAAGCACAGCCACCGCCUGCAGCGCUAGAUACGAGAUUGGGUUGAAGCGAGGCGAGCAGUAGAGGAGAAGAGGAGGAGGACUGACAAGCCAGUUGCGCUGGCGUUUGUUUCCAUUUUUUCUACUUUAUUUUUAUGAUUUUUUUAUCGAUAAGUGAUUAUUACAUAGUUGGAGUUAAACAGUAGUUAGAUAUUUAUGGUAGUAUGUGUAUCGUAUUUAUGUAUGUUUAUGUGAAUGUACGACUAAUUGCAUUAUUAUUUUUAGUUGCAAACGAAUACUCAUUCUAAGUGUACCAGCAAUUUUUGUACAUAUUUACCUACUUAUAUACUAAAAAUAUAUUAAAUGUAUUUGUAUGCAUGUCUUUAGUUUGAGUUUGAUUGCAAAAGGGCACUUGAUUCCAAACUAAACAAAAGGCUUUUAAAUGACAUUCACUUUCAAACGAUGUCUGUCUGUGUGUUUAUAUUUCACUUUUAAAUGUAAAAAUAAAAAAUAAAAAAUAUUAUAUAAAAUGCUUUUACCGCCCAAUCUGAAAUAGGAAUUGAAUGCA